CCCCCACAGGAAGGCCGCUGCCUGUAUGUCAUCCUGCUCAUGGCCGUGUACUGGUGCACAGAGGCCCUGCCCCUGUCCGUGACAGCUCUUCUACCCAUCAUCCUCUUCCCCUUCAUGGGCAUUCUACCUUCCAGCAAAGUCUGCCCCCAGUACUUCCUCGACACCAACUUCCUCUUCCUCAGCGGCCUGAUCAUGGCCAGUGCCAUCGAGGAAUGGAACUUGCACCGGAGAAUCGCCCUCAAGGUCCUCAUGCUGGUUGGGGUCCAGCCUGCCAGGCUCAUUCUGGGGAUGAUGGUGACCACUUCAUUCCUGUCUAUGUGGCUGAGCAACACGGCCUCCACCGCCAUGAUGCUGCCCAUCGCCAACGCCAUCCUCAAAAGCCUCUUUGGCCACCGGGAAGCUCAGAAGGACCUUCAUCGGGAAGGUGACGGGAGCGCAGCUGCUGUGCGGGGAAAUGGACUUCGAACAGUGCCCACGGAGAUGCAGUUUCUCGCCAGCUCAGAAGGCAAAGGCCACCCUGAGGAGGCAGAGGCCCCACUGGAGCUGCCCGUUGACUCCAAGGAGGAAGAAUACCGCAGAAAUAUCUGGAAGGGCUUCCUCAUCUCCAUCCCCUACUCGGCCAGUAUCGGGGGCACUGCCACCCUCACAGGCACAGCCCCCAACCUCAUCCUGCUUGGCCAGCUCAAGAGUUUCUUUCCACAGUGUGACGUGGUGAAUUUCGGCUCCUGGUUCAUCUUCGCCUUCCCUCUCAUGCUGCUGUUCCUACUGGCCGGCUGGCUCUGGAUCUCCUUCCUCUAUGGCGGAAUAAGCUGGAGGGGCUGGAGGAAGAAGAAGUCUGAGAUAAGAGCUGAUGCGGAGGAUAACGCCCGAGCUGUGAUUCGAGAAGAGUUCCAGAACCUGGGGCCCAUCAAGUUUGCCGAACAGGCCGUCUUCGUCUUGUUCUGUACAUUUGCUGUUCUUCUCUUCUCCCGGGACCCGAAGUUCAUCCCUGGCUGGGCCAGCCUCUUCGCCCCUGGGUUUGUCUCGGAUGCGGUCACGGGUGUGGCUAUUGUCAUCAUCCUGUUCUUCUUCCCGUCCCAGAGGCCUUCCCUCAAGUGGUGGUUUGACUUCAAAGCUCCCAACUCAGAGACUGAGCCCCUGCUGAGCUGGAAGAAAGCCCAGGAGACAGUGCCCUGGAAUAUCAUCCUUCUCCUGGGAGGUGGUUUCGCCAUGGCCAAAGGCUGUGAGGAGUCGGGGCUGUCAGCGUGGAUCGGCGGGCAGCUGCACCCCCUGGAACACGUGCCCCCGGUGCUGGCCGUUAUGCUCAUCACUGUGGUCAUCGCCUUCUUCACCGAGUUUGCCAGCAACACGGCCACCAUUAUCAUCUUCCUGCCUGUCCUAGCCGAGCUGGCUAUCCGGCUGCGCGUGCACCCCUUGUACCUGAUGAUCCCUGGCACAGUUGGCUGCUCUUAUGCCUUCAUGCUGCCGGUCUCCACACCCCCCAACUCUAUUGCCUUCGCCAGUGGACACUUGCUGGUCAAAGACAUGGUACGGACCGGCCUCCUGAUGAACCUGAUGGGCGUCCUGCUGCUCAGCCUGGCCAUGAACACCUGGGCACAGAGCAUCUUCCAGCUGGGCACCUUCCCAGACUGGGCCAACACCCACUCUGCCAACGUUACCGCCCUGCCACCCACCUCGACCAACAGCACGGUUCAAAUCCUCUGAGUUCUGCUGGGGACUUCCCUUUGGGCUGGGCCUUCCCCAAGGGCUGUUGCUGUCACUUGCUGCUAGGACCCUACAAGCUGAUCGACCGAUUCUUUUCUGUAAUCUGAUAGGAGGCAGCAAGCAAGGGUGGCCUCCAGGGGUCCCUUGGGCCUCCAGCUCACUGUCUGCAGUGCCUUCUCUUUCUUUCUCAUGCAUUUCAAAGCCUGUCUCCUGGAUCUGCUGCCUGAGGAACAGGCUUUUCUCACUGAGCUGGUCUGUGGUCAGGGUGCAGGGAAGUCCACUGGAGCCACAAGGGACAGACCUGAAAUGGCAUUUCUCUUGCACACCUGGGGUUGGGAGCUAUCCGUGCUUAUGGCUGCCACUGGCUUUAGGUCUCUGAAGACAGCACCGCUCUGCUGGGGGCGGCAUUGUGGCUGCAAAGCUCCAGGCCAGAUGUUACAGCUGUUCACUGCAGGCUGGAUUCUGCCCAUUUCUGUUUAAUCAUCUCUCCUGUAGACGCCCAGAAGCCAGAGGUGGUCCUCCAUUCCCUGGAGGACACAGGCUUCUGGAGUCUCUUUGCUGCUUCUCCAGCCCCCGCCAC